GCCAUAAACGGGCGUGACUUUGUGGCCAUCAGCACAACGCUCGCGAAGCGCAGGAGAAAGAACUAAUUACCGAAUCGAAGAGGAUGGAAAGAGUUGUUCAAAAAAAGAGGAUGGAAAGAGAGAACUCACGAAAGGGGGAAAACGAUUGCUAGAUCUUUCUGAACCACCACCACCGGUAACAUCUCCGGCAGUUUAAAACCUAAAUUAUCGAACCCUAAUUCACUAAUUUUAGCCUGACAUCGCACCGAUUCGAUCCUUCAACUGUAAUCGGCCGAUGUCGACGUCGGGGCAACCUCAGUUCCGCUACACCCAGACGCCAUCGAAAGUCCUCCAUCUGCGCAACCUUCCUUGGGAGUGCAUCGAAGAGGAACUCAUCGAGCUCUGCAAGCCCUUCGGCAAGAUCGUCAAUACCAAGUGCAAUGUUGGCGCCAAUCGUAAUCAGGCCUUUGUUGAAUUCGCAGACCUAAAUCAGGCCAUUAACAUGGUUACAUAUUAUGCUUCAUCUUCAGAACCAGCACAGGUUCGUGGGAAAACUGUUUACAUUCAAUAUUCUAAUAGACAUGAAAUUGUCAACAACAAAGGUCCAGGAGAUGUUCCAGGAAAUGUCUUGCUGGUUACUAUUGAGGGAGUAGAAGCUGGUGAUGUCAGCAUUGAUGUUAUUCACUUGGUGUUCUCAGCUUUUGGAUUUGUGCACAAGAUUGCUACUUUCGAGAAGGCUGCAGGUUUUCAGGCAUUAAUCCAAUUUAGUGAUGCUGUGACUGCAUCUUCAGCAAGGGAAGCAUUAGAUGGAAGAAGCAUACCCAGGUACUUGCUUCCAGAACAUGUUGGUUCAUGCCACUUGCGCAUCUCAUAUUCUGCGCAUACAGACCUGAAUAUUAAAUUCCAAUCUCAUCGGAGCAGGGAUUAUACAAAUCCAUAUCUUCCUGUUAAUCCUACUGCUAUUGAGGGGUUUGUUCAGCCUGCGGUAGGUCCUGAUGGAAAGAAAAAAGAACUCGAGAGUAAUGUGCUUCUUGCAUCAAUUGAAAAUAUGCAGUACGCUGUCACAGUGGAUGUCCUUCACACGGUGUUUUCUGCAUUUGGCACUGUUCAGAAAAUUGCCAUAUUUGAGAAGAAUGGGGGGACCCAAGCGCUUAUUCAAUAUCCUGAUGUCACAACUGCAGCAGUUGCGAAAGAUGCUUUAGAGGGACACUGCAUAUAUGAUGGUGGCUAUUGUAAGCUUCAUCUAUCAUACUCUCGUCAUACUGAUCUCAAUGUGAAGGCAUACAGUGACAAGAGUAGAGAUUACACGAUUCCCGAAUCAGGUUUGCUUGCAAUGCAACAGGCUCCGGGUGUCCCUGCAGCAGCAACAGUUUGGCAGAAUCCUCAGGCCUCUCCAAUGUUUCCUGGGAGUGAGUUUGCUGGUGGUGGUGCUAUGCCGGCUCAAUCUUCUGUGGGACGAGUGCCCUCAUGGGAUCCAAACAUGCAGGCUGGCAGACCAACCUUUGUCUCGGUUCCUAGAACAUUUCCUGGCCAAACAUAUGCUCUGUCUUCUGUUCAGGCUUAUGCUUCUGCAUCAACUCCUGGUGGUUCAUCACCCCUUGUGCAAUCAGGCCAAAUCAGUCCCACUAUGUCUCCCCUGGGAGUAUCUCAGCCUGUGCAUCAGCCCAAUAUGCGACCUGGUGGUUCUUUGCCUCCAGGUCAGUCUCCUUACUAUGGUUAGUAAGUUGUAUCUGUUUCUCUCUUGAAGAUACUGUGCUUUAUAGCCUUUACCUCUUCCUCCUAGAAUGUUUCUUGAAGCACAAAAAAAUUUAUUUUUGCCUUUGUUUAAUUUGCAGUUACUAAAGUCUCGUGUCUCUCUCUUGCUUUGUUCUGUAACUGGAUGAUAUCCUAGCUUGUAUUCUUUAUGUUUAGCUCUAAAUGUGGCAUUAGAAAAUUUUGAUCUUC